AUGCAAACUCCCGAUCCUACAUCCUCUCAUCUCCUCUCCCUUCCCCCUCUUCUCUAUCCCAUAUCUCCUUCCCUCGCUGCUCUUCAUUUAGCAAGAGUCAGACUAACACUUUCUUUACCUCCUUCUUCUUACACUUCCGCAUGGUGUGCUCAAUGUGGAGGAUUAAGAUCAGGUACAAAGAUGAAAAGAAGGUAUUCAGAAGGAAAUAUGAAUAGUCCUACUCCUAUCUCAUCCACUUCACUUGAACAUUUUCAACCUACCAAAUCACCCUCGCCGACGCCUCAAACCAAGAGAAUACCACUAAACGAAGCAAUUGUUGGAUCAUCCUUAUGUAUCUUACCCUCCAAUCCCCUUGGUGGACUUUCUACUUCAACUUCGACCAAUAUCAACUCUUCUUCCCUCUCUCCUACCGUUAAUAUCACUACUUCCACAUCUGCCGAGGAGAAGCCGCUGGACAAUCGUAUCAAAUCUCGUGAGAAACACAGUAUAUCGAGUAACGUUAUCUCCCCUACCAUCCAAACGACCACGCCUAAACGUCGAAGAGGUCAAUGUGAAAUAUGCGGUCUAUCCUACCGACCUAAAAAAGACCAAAAGACUCUUUUAGAAUUCCCAAGUGCCAGGAAAGUCCAUAGGACAAGAUCUACCAGAUCAUCAACUCAAUCGGAAAUAGACGAUGUAUUCACUUCCUCACAAUUAACUCCAAGCACAAGCAAGCCCCGCUCGAACGGUGUCACUUCCAACUCGAUGAAACGUGUCGAUGCUGUCAUGCAGAAUGAGAACGAAGAGAAUGAUGAUGGAGUAUCCAAAGAGGCUAGAUAUGUAGCGAUGGAUAAUGGUAAGAGGAAAUCUGAAAAUCAAGAGGAAGGUAAAGUCCUAGGUGGAAAUUCAUUUGGAAAUGAAGAAAAUGGUGGAGAAGAAAAAGAAAAGAAACCUUCUCCUAUCUCUGCACCGAGAUUAAGAUACAUACCUUCUUCCGAUCCUAACCCACCUACUUAUCCCCAUCCUGAUCCACUUUCAAAAAGUUCGACUGGAGAUAAAAGGGUAAAAGGAGAAUCAGGAAGUAUGAGCAGGAAUGGAGGGAAGAAGAAGAAACGAUCUGGUUUAACGAAAUUAUUGGCGGAGAGUAAAGCUAGGGAAGAGAACAGUUCUGGUAAUUGGGGAUUUGGAUAG